ACCUUCCACAUGACAUCUCAACACUGUUGCUGAAAAGGAUAUUUGCAUUUUAUAGAGACAUGGGUUUUAUACCCUUGAUCUGCAAGUCAUGCAAACCAAAUUAAAAAAUGAUUCACAAUUGUGUCCUCUCUUCUCAUGUCUAGCUAGUAUAUUCUUUAAAUCACAACAAACUGAAUUGUUUGAUCUUGUUUUUAUUCUCUUUUCAAAUAAAUAGGGUUCAAUUUGGAAAUGACAGUGCAAUUAAACAAGACGUUCACAGAAGAUUUGAAAGAUCCAACAAGUGUUGCAUACAACAAUCUUAAAGACAGCAUGGAAGCAGUGUUAAACAAGACGUAUGGAGGAAUCACAGGGUUUAUUGGUGUUUCUGUGACAGGAUUCAGAGAAGGAAGCAUAUUUACAGAUUUUGUUGUUGAGACUACAGAGGUUAAAACUGAAGAAUUGGCUGAAGCAAAUAAAGCAUUUUCAAAAGCAGUAAACUCUACUAUUGCCCCUGUCAUUGGCUCUGUCAUUGCAUUGUACAACACAUUAAUGUGGGACAAAUAA